GGAACGCUUCUUCUUCACCAAGCGGACGAAGCGACUCCAGCUCGCUCCACACCCAUCAUGCUCAGAAGUUGCGAACCUUUGCAAACGUGGACGACGACAGUCCCUCCCAACCGGCCGUUGUUCCAUCACUCCUUGUUCGCUCCCACCCACCCCGAGCCCGGUGCUCCGUUCGACUUGCUGACCUUUCGCUGAGUCGCCUCGGACGUAUACUUUCCUUAACCCAACUGUCUAUACGCUCGUCAGCACCCCUCCUGUCGCUCAACAUCCCCCGUGUAUCCCAGUGAACGCAUCCUCGACUCUACCAAGAUGUCCCGCUUCACAUCCGCACUCACGGCUUUCGCCGUCGUAGCUAUGGCCGGUCCCUCCGUCUGGGCGAUGCCUGUGGUGGCGCCUGCGGCGCCCACUAGCUCUAUCCUCGUUGCAGCACGCAGCGGUGGCGUCCUCGCCGCGGCGCCCACAAGCUCCAUCUUGGCUGCACGCCAGAUCGACGUCCCUGACCUCGGCCUGCCUGGCGAGUCCGCCGUCGACAGUGUCCUCGGCGCCGUCGAGACCGCUGUGUCGUCUAUCACCGGUCUCAAGCGUCGCCAGCUCCCCGAUCUCGGCCUCCCUGGCGAGAGCCUUGUCAACGGUGCCCUCGGUGCCGUCGAGACUGAGGUCGCCGGCGUGACGGGCCUGCUCAAGAGGCACGGCGGCAAGGACAAGAAGAAGGACGGUCAGGCGGCCGCGAACGGCCAGAACUCGACCGCGACCUGCAGCGGCGCGGCGGGUGCGGCGGGCGCGGCCAACAGCACCGCAUCUGGAGCGGAGGGCGCUGCGAACAGCACCGCGUCUGGCCUCGACGGCUCGACUGGCAGCGCGAACGGUGCCGGUCUCGACGGCUCUAACGGUGCCGCUGGCGCGAACGGUGUCGACGCAGGCAACGGCUGCGACGGUGCUGCCGCUGCGAACUCCACCACUGGUACCGGCUCUGCCGCGGGCGACGCUGGUGCUAAGGGCAGCGGGAAGGCUGGCAAGGGCAAGGGUGCGGCCAACGGCGACGGCAAUGCCGGUGCUGCGAACGGCAACGGUAACGCUGGUGCUGCCAACGGUAACGGCAACGCUGGUGCGGGCAACGGCAACGGCAACGCUGGUGCUGCGCAGACCGUCACUGUGACCGUCACCGCCGCCGGCGCAUGCGCGACCGACGCUGGUGCUUCCGCCGCCGGUGCUGCUUCCUCUGCUGCCGCCGCCGGUACUGGCGCUGCGUCGGCUGGCGCUGCCUCUGCUACUGGGGACGCCGCCUCUGGCGCCGCCUCGGCUGCGUCUGGUGCCGCGACUGAUGCGUCUGCCGCCUCGAGCGCUGCCUCCGGCAACCUUGCGUCCGCGACCGACUCUGCUGCCUCUGCCGACCCUACCAGCCAGGGGUCGACGGGCUCGACCAGCUCCGGCGACUCGGGCCUCGUCGCGAACUGCGAGAACUGCUGAGCGCGUCGCGCCCCUCCCGCAAAAUGUACUCGCACUUAUACCCCGUGGCGACGUGUGGUCGUCGAACUUUGGUACGACGCGUAGUUACGGUGGCCGCUUCGAAGGGCCGCCUGAUGGACUGAAUCUAUAGCUGUCCUACGUAGUUUGUCGUUCCGACUACAUCCGCUACUUGACACUACGCAUUUGGGCCUGAGGCUCGUUGUAUUUUAGCACUUCGCAAUUUGCAUGCUUUCCUUGCAGA